AUGGUUAAACAUACAAAGUCAAAAAAUGAUUUUGAUGCUGAGUUGUUACUCUCUGAGACUUCAAAGAUAGGUGACCCAUGGGUACCUAUUUAUCAAACUGCAGUUGAUAUUGAAGCUCAUCACUUCGAAACUGCGAUGUCAAACUUGAUAAAACAACCUAACAUAAAUUCGACUGUAAUCAUGAGGGCAGAUAUAUUGAAAGAAAAUGUGUUUGACGUUGAAAAUGGAGAUUCUACCUUUGUCAGUAAAUUAAUAAAUAAGGUACCUGAAUUUCCAUCAGAAAAUCCCGAUGACGUUAUACUACAUAGAUACCUUGAUGAUAUCGACUUGAGAACAAUUUCAUUGAAUAAUAGUGAAUUAAAAUUGAACACUAAAUGUGAAGUAGUCAGGCGAAUCAUACCUAGAAACCCGUUCAAAGAUCACAUAAUAAACCAGACUUGCUUGGUUUUAUCUAGCUCAAAUGCCGAUCCCGAGAGUCAUACAGAAAAAGAAUCAGAUGAUUCUGUUCUAGUGGUAUACAUUCCCCAUAUACAAUCAAGUGACGAGAUUCCUUUUUAUUUACCUCCUGUCUAUGGCGUGGGGAUACUAUAUCAUAAAUCAACUUUAUCUAUUCAAUAUUUACCAUUCAAUUACCAGAAUUAUAAAACGUCGCCUGAGAUACAAUUGUCUUUAAGAAAUUUGGAUGUAACUGAAAGGCCAAUAAGAAUCGCUCUUAGAUUAUUACAAACAUCUAGUAAACAUUCCCUUGGGGCAAAAUCUGGGUAUGAAAAAAGGGUGAAUCAUGAUUUAGUUGUACCAAAAAUAGCAUUCCAAAAUAGAUAUAUAACUUUGAAGAAAAAGUAUUCCUCUAAUUUAGUGAAUCUGUGGUGUGAAAGUACUGAUCCUAAAAAGCAUGUCUUUGAAGACCUUGCGAUUGCUGCAUUUUUAAUUGAGCUUUGGACAGUAAAAUAUAAGUCUAGGGAAGAUUUCGAAUUUAGAGACUUAGGUUGUGGUAAUGGGUUAUUAGUAUACAUUUUGAACAUGGAAGGCUAUAGUGGUAAAGGAAUAGAUGCUCGUUCAAGAAAAUCCUGGAGUACCUAUCCAGAAAACGUUCAAAAUAACUUGUCGGAACAGAUUAUCAUUCCAAGCGUAUUAUUAAAACCACAUCCUGCAUUGUCGAGGUUAAUCCCUAAUGUCACCGAUAACUUUAGAUAUUUUCAAGCACCUCAGCUUCCUUCCAAGAACAAUUGCAGCUGCGAAGCCGAGAACGUCCCUGCUGACGACAAAUCUACAAGUCAUACUAAUUCGAGCUCCACAUUAACGACAUAUUCCUCUGCCAAUUUAUUAGAAUCAUCUCAAGUUUGUACAACAGAAGAAUUUCCACCAAAUACAUUUAUAAUCGGAAAUCAUUCAGAUGAAUUAACAUGCUGGAUACCGUUGUUGGGUUAUCCAUUCAUGGUAAUACCAUGUUGUUCACAUGCAUUAUCAGGCGCAAAGGUUAGAUAUUCACCACGGAAACAACAGAAAUCAAACCAACAACAAAAUGUAUCGACAUAUGGCGCCUUAGUAGACCAUACUGAGGACUUGGCGAAGCAGAUGGGUUGGAUAGUCGAAAAGGAAAUGCUCAGGAUCCCAAGUACAAGAAAUGCUGCGAUUAUUGCAACUAAAAGACAACCUCAUUGUAUCGACGAAAACGAUGAGGUAACUCAAACUAGAGUCCUUGAUAUUUUGGCUUUAGAAGGUGGGGCAGAAGGAUGGGUCGAGAACUCUAUAAACUUGAUGAAAAAGGCACCUAGAAAUCACUAG